CAUUUUCCCCUAAACUUAAUCUAGGUUUUUGCUGAAUUGCAAAAGGCAAAGGAAGAGAUUGAAAAUUUGAAAGAAGAAGCACUUGCCAACAAAACUCACAUGCUGCAGUAUAAGAGCAUCUCUGAGGCAAAUGAAGAUGCUAUGAAACAGAUAGAAAAGGCUCAUGAAAUUUUUAAAACCGAGGCUGACAAUGCAAAGAAAGUUCUAGAAUCUGAACUAAAUUCACUUAGACAGAAGAUGUUAGAGAUUGAAAAUGAAUCUUGUUUGAAAUAUGAAGAAGUUGCUUCAGAAACUGUGGGAAAGGAUGAGGCUCUUACAUCUGCUAUGGCUGAAAUCACAAAUCUUAAAGAAGAAAUUUUAACUAAAUCUUCUCAAAUUUCAGAAAUGGAAAUUCAGAUCUCGGGUUUGAAAGAAAACCUGGAGAUGGAGCAUCAGAAAUGGCGGGCAGCUCAAACCAAUUAUGAAAGACAGGUUGUUCUCCAGUCCGAAACUAUUCAGGAGUUGACGAAAACAUCUGAAGCACUAGCCCUGCUGAAGGAGGAGGCAUCCGAAUUACGGAAACUAGCCAAUACUCAGAAAAUUGAAAAUGUAAAAAAUUUCCUAUUUAACCCCUGAUUUAUUUUUAUUAUC